AUGAUAUCUCAGUUAGAAUGUGCACGGAUUUUGGCUAUAGAAAUGAGAGGUGGGAUAAGUCAUUGGAAUUUUAUGAGAGCUGUAUUAUUGCCACUUACAGAACGCGGACAUCAGGUAACGGUUUUUACUCCAUUUCUGGAUGGUCAUCGAGAAAACUAUACUGAAAUUGACUUGUCAAAGAUUAUACCUUUAAAAGUAGGUCUAAUGGUAAAAGACUCAUUAGUCUAUAAUGGACCUUUUCACUUAAUGCUACACAUUCCCGAAAUGACAAGAGCUCACUGUAAUUUACUUUUUGAUGAUACACGAAUUCAAAACAUAUUGAAGAAUCAUGGUCGAUUUGAUAUAGUUCUUUUAGAGCCUAUGGCGUCUGAAUGUGGAUCUUAUUUCGCUUUGAAAUUGAAAAUUCCACUUGUAUACGUAAUUCCUACACCAAUGAUUACUUACAUGGAAAUGGAGUUCACUGGUCAUUUAUCAAAUCCAACUGUUAUAUCUAAUAUAAUGGCUAAAACGGCGACUCCAAAAUCGUUCAAUGAACGUUUAAGUAAUGCAGUUUUGUUAUUUUUUAGUAUUUUCACAAUGAAAUUCUUGAACAGUAAGCUUAGUCAUGCCAAUCCAAAAUCAUUUGAUGUUGAGAACCCAAUCAAGCCAACUAUAUUGUUUGUAAAUACACAUACUAUUACAGAACCUUCACGGCCUUACUCCCCUAAUGUUGUUCAAUUAGGCGGGAUACACCUUAAACCUGCUGGAAAAAUACCAGAGGUGCGUACUGACUUAAUCAAAUGA